AUGAAGGAAGACAACUAUUCAAGAAUUACUGAAGUCUGGCUUACUGGAAUAGACCAUCUGCAAAGUACUAGAAUUGUUCUCUUUAUUUUUUUUCUUAUGAUGUACGUGAUAAUAGUAACAGGAAAUCUUCUAAUAAUUUCAGUCAUCACAUCUGAACAUUGUCUUCAUUCUCCAAUGUAUAUGUUCCUAUGUAGUUUAUCCUUAUCAGAAGUUUUAUUUACUACCAAUCUUAUUCCUAAUUUUUUACAAGUUUUAUGGGAGAAUGGAGCUGCUAUAAAUCUAGGAACCUGUCUUGCACAGUUUUAUUUGUGUGGAUCAUUGGGAGCAACAGAGUGCUUGCUGUUUGCAUCCAUGUCCUAUGAUCGGUAUUUGGCUAUCUGCAAACCACUCCAUUAUUGUUCUGUGAUGAGUUUUGCAUUUUGUGUCAAACUUGUUCUGUUCUCAUGGGCAUGUGCCUUUGCUAGCAUGUCAAUCACAUUAAUAAUGGUUGCACAGCUACAAUUUUGUGGACCUAAAAUUAUUGAUCACUAUUUCUGCGAUUUUGCUCCCAUACUAGAACUUUCUUGCUCAGACACCUAUGCAGUUGAAAUAGAGACCUUCAUGUUUACAUCUUCAGUGGCACUCUUUCCAUUUUUAUUUGUUAUUGGAACUUACAUUUGCAUUAUUACUACUAUUCUGAAUAUCCCUUCAUCCACAGGUAGAUGGAAAACAUUCUCCACAUGCAGCUCCCACCUGGCUACAGUGUGCACAUAUUAUGGAACACUUAUUAGUCUCUAUGCAAUACCCACACAUACCUUUUCAAGCACAGUUAGUAAGACUUUAUCUCUUAUUUACACUGUUGUCACUCCCAUGUUCAACCCCAUAAUAUAUAGCCUGAGAAACAAAAAUAUUAAAUUAGGUGUGCAAAAAUGUUUGAGAAAAUGUCUGAUAAGAAAGGCAUUUCUUGGGCCACUUCACACCUGA